AUGGCAUUGCACCAUACUAAAUAAAUAUAUAAAGCAAACAAACGUGACGUGAAGUGACGUGACGACUCUGAAGUACUUGGUGCCAAUUCAUCUUGUGUCCUGUAGACAGUUAUCAUGUACUUUAAGAAAAUGGCUUUGUGCGUUCUGAUGCUAUUAGUAAAUACGUCAAUGUCUGCAAAGUUUAAAGAAAAAGAACCUCAUGAGAAUUGUGGCUACCGUCUUUAUUUUACAAACGUCACUUGGUACACUGCAUCCAAGAUUUGCGAGGAGAAAGGGGAAAUGCUGGUACUACCAGAUUCAGAAUUUCAACUUUAUGAAUACAUUUUCAGUCAUUUGAUUGAUGAACUACUUGGAGCCACAUUGAAUGUAGAAAUAUCUAAUCUAGGAAUAUGGGUUGGAGCAUUUCUGCGGACUCACUCCAAUGAGAGCAUGGAUUAUCAUUGUAAGUCAUUAUACAUGUACCCCAGAUCGAUCCAAGACCAAUCGCAACCAAGAGAUGAUAUAUUGUGUAUGUUUUAUCACUACUCCACUGGGAAAUUUAAAACUGACAGCUGUGACAACAAGAAAUCUUUUCUCUGCAAAAAACAAACAAACGGGGAAACGCCAGACUGCAUGAUGACAUCAAACAGAAAUGUUAUCAAUAACAGCGGCAAUUACGUUUUGUGCCAACGGAAUGAAAAUGAAAAAGGCCAAACUAUACCAUACUUUGCUAUAUUUGAAAAUGACACGUACUUUACAAAACACAGUUUUCAACCCCGAGAAAACUGUGAAAACAACCAGAAACCGUACAUUGAAAGCCCGGAACUAAGACAUGUUAGUACAUUUUGGUAUUUGCCGGAUCCUCCGAUGUACGUUCCUGACGAACCAAUAUCCAAAUCGUGUCCCGAGCUUCAAGAGAAAAUUGAAAUUAGGAAGAAAAAGUUGACUGUCCUUAGAAAAGAGACAAAUAAGUACCAACGGACGCUGAUCAGUGCCCCCGAUGACAGGCCAACCUCUAAAUACAUGGGGGUGACUGGAGCUUUAUUCAUCUCUCUCGUCGCUGGGAUAAUUGUCUGUAUUGACCUUACGAACUUUUGCAAAAUAUUUAAACCUGUACGUGUCAAAGUUGAAUAACGAUGAGAAUGAAGUUCGUUGUCCUUUUAUCAGGGUAUAUAUGCUGCAGAUGUGCAGCAAGUUUAUUGUAAGACAACUUUCUCGUUUGCAGAUAAUUACGUUUAGCAGCAAUCUAGCCGAAAACAUUUCAGUAGUUGCGGCACGUUUGCCGAAAUUCACUCAGAAAAUUUGCCUGAAGACAGUUUCUGAAAAGGGGUUCUAGAAAAACAAACAGACAAAAGUUUUAAAUUGAAUAUGAUAAAAACACUGUUAAAUUUAUUUUUUACACUUAUGCUAGAUUUAUUGCGCGUACACGUACUUUUUUACUCUAAACAGGGACUGACAAGUGAGUAAUUGAUACCGUCGACUUAGUGUUGGCAUUUUGUUUAGGAUUAAGAUUACUCAUAAUUUUGAUGAUUUUAAAGUUAAUUUGCGUGAGUUAAAUAGCUUAAAAUUAUUUGAAUAUCUUUAAUUUUUUCAAAUAUUGACAUAACAUUUAACAUUUCUUCUAUAUAAAGAAAUUAUGUUUCUCUAUAAACUGAAAUGAGUCAAAAAAGAGAAAAGUUAUUUUUGUCUCCUUUUUUUGAACUUGAAAUAUUUUCGCACCACUAAAAAAGUGAAGUUUUUUCCCCUUUUUGUCAAUACAAUUCUGCAUUUUUUUGUCGAUUUCAUCUUACUUAUUUCUUUAGAUAAGUGUAUCACAUGCAGUGCUCAAAUACAUAUACUUAAAAAAAUUAUCCAUAACAUUUUAGGCAGCAUAUCUCAAAAGUUUAAUAAUCAACAUCAAAUGUAUUUUUCACAUGUUUCACUUAAUAUCAGUCAAUAUCACUUAUGUAAUCAACUUAUAAAAUGAUUUUACCCUGUAUUGACGUCACAAUGAAUUGUACGUAUUUCUACUGAAUUAGUGUCCUGGGUUUUGCAUAAAAAUCCUAUAAAAUAGGGAUUAAAUCAUUAAAAUAGAAUUAAAACGUGAUGAAAAAAUCCAACUCGUUGAGUGAUUGUUAUCUCCUUGCUUUGAGAUAGAAAACACAACUCAUUUGAAUUGAAAUCAUGAACUAUCACUAAUGAUCAAAAAUAAUGAUGGAUCCUAUAUUUACAGGAUUGUACAUAUCCUUUUGCGACAAUAUUCGGUUGUUAUUUCACACAAUUUUCGGUUAACUAUAGGUUAU